CUCCUCCUCUCCUCCUUCGCUCAAAACAAAUAGUAAUUAAAUAAAAAGAAGCGCAGGUUAGCUAAAAUACGCUGGUGAUUGUCCAAAGCCAAUCUUACCCUCUCUCUAACCACAAUAUCAGCCUCUCCUCUCUAUUGAAGUAUUGAUCAAAAUCAGAGAAGCUCCAAAAACAACAGCAGAAAAGAAGGAAAAGAAAAAGAAGAGAAGGAAAAAACACACAUACACGCAAAACCCCGAACAAAACCAAUCAAUGAAGCACACUUCAUCGGAGGCGGUUCCGUCGUCACCAGCACCACCACCAUCCGCCACCUCCGCUACAUCUCUAACAGACCAGUCACCCCCGGCAACUUCGUCCUCCUCAUCAACAAUAUCACCAGAAGACCUAGCGGUGGGGUCCACCAGAGACGGAAGUAACGGAGCACAAGAAAUGGUGACGGUGGAUCGAAAAGGUGAAUACGCCGCCGUAUGCAAAUGGACAGUAAAUAAUUUUCCUCGCAUAAAAGCUAGGGCGCUAUGGAGUAAAUAUUUCGAGGUAGGAGGUUACGAUUGUCGUCUACUAAUUUACCCUAAGGGCGACUCGCAAGCUUUGCCUGGUUAUAUCUCUAUUUAUCUUCAAAUCAUGGACCCUCGCGGUACCUCCUCUUCAAAAUGGGACUGUUUCGCUAGUUAUCGUCUAUCCAUUGUUAACCUAAUUGAUGAUUCCAAAACUAUUCAUCGUGAUUCGUGGCAUCGUUUCUCUAGUAAGAAAAAAUCACACGGCUGGUGUGAUUUCACACCUUCUAAUACUAUAUUCGAUUCGAAAUUAGGUUAUUUGUUUAAUAGUAAUAAUGAUUCUGUUCUUAUAACUGCGGAUAUUUUCAUACUCAAUGAAUCUGUUAGUUUCAUUCGCGAUAACAGUAAUAACAAUAAUAGCAAUAACAGCAACAAUAGUAAUAAUAACAAUGAGUUGCAAUCAGCAUCCUCGAAUGUGAGUUCCAUGAUAUCAUCAUCUGUUGUUGCUGGUCCGGUAUCUGAUGUUUUGAGCGGUAAAUUUACUUGGAAAGUGCAUAAUUUUAGUUUAUUUAAGGAGAUGAUUAAGACGCAGAAGAUUAUGAGUCCGGUUUUUCCAGCUGGUGAGUGUAAUUUGAGGAUCAGUGUUUAUCAGAGUUCAGUUAACGGACAUGAUUAUUUGUCUAUGUGUUUGGAGAGCAAGGAUACUGAGAAGACAGUUGUUUCUGAUAGGAGUUGUUGGUGUUUGUUUAGAAUGUCUUUGUUGAAUCAAAAGCCUGGAUCUAAUCAUAUGCAUAGGGACUCUUAUGGACGGUUUGCUGCAGAUAAUAAGACUGGGGACAAUACAAGUUUGGGGUGGAAUGAUUAUAUGAAGAUGUGUGAUUUUGUAGGGGCAGACUCAGGGUUUUUAGUGGAUGAUACUGCAGUUUUCAGUACUUCAUUUCAUGUGAUUAAAGAGUUUAGCAGCUUCUCAAAGAAUGGGGGUUUGAUUGGUGGGAGGAGUGGAAGUGGGGCAAGGAAAUCUGAUGGGCAUAUGGGUAAAUUUACUUGGAGGAUUGAGAAUUUUACGAGGUUGAAAGAUCUUUUGAAGAAGAGGAAGAUUACAGGUCUUUGCAUCAAGAGCAGGAGGUUUCAGAUUGGUAAUCGGGAUUGUCGUCUUAUAGUUUAUCCCCGAGGGCAGUCUCAGCCACCAUGCCACCUUUCAGUGUUUCUUGAAGUUACAGAUUCGCGAAAUACUUCCAGUGAUUGGAGUUGUUUUGUGAGCCAUCGCCUGUCAGUGGUGAACCAGAGGAUGGAGGAGAAGUCUGUCACGAAGGAAUCUCAGAAUCGCUAUUCCAAAGCUGCAAAAGAUUGGGGUUGGCGUGAAUUUGUGACUCUUACUAGCCUAUUUGAUCAGGAUUCUGGAUUUCUAAUUCAGGAUACAGUUGUAUUCUCUGCGGAGGUUCUCAUUUUGAAAGAGACAUCAGUGAUGCAGGAUUUUACUGAUCAGGAUGUUGAGGUAACUAUUCCUGGGAACCAGAUUGAUAGGGCUGGGAAAAGAAGUUCAUUUACAUGGAAGGUGGAAAAUUUCUUGUCUUUUAAAGAAAUAAUGGAAACCCGGAAAAUUUUCAGCAAGUUCUUUCAAGCUGGUGGAUGCGAGCUUCGGAUUGGUGUGUAUGAAUCCUUUGACACCAUUUGUAUUUAUUUAGAGAGCGAUCAGUCAGUUGGUAGUGAUCUGGAUAAAAAUUUUUGGGUCAGAUAUCGGAUGGCUGUGGUUAAUCAAAAGAAUCCUGCCAAAACUGUGUGGAAGGAGUCUUCUAUUUGUACAAAGACAUGGAAUAAUUCUGUCCUGCAAUUUAUGAAGGUGUCUGAUAUGUUAGAAGCAGAUGCAGGUUUCCUUGUGCGUGACACUGUUGUUUUUGUUUGUGAGAUAUUGGACUGCUGUCCUUGGUUUGAGUUCUCAGAUCUAGAGGUUUUGGCCUCUGAGGAUGAUCAGGAUGCAUUAACAACUGAUCCUGAUGAACUUAUUGAUUCUGAAGACAGUGAAGGAAUAAGUGGAGAUGAAGAAGAUAUCUUCAGAAACCUUCUUUCUAGAGCUGGUUUUCACCUCACAUAUGGAGAUAAUCCUUCACAACCACAGGUUACAUUAAGAGAAAAGCUUCUAAUGGAUGCUGGUGCAAUUGCUGGUUUUUUGACAGGAUUACGUGUGUAUCUUGAUGAUCCUGCUAAAGUAAAACGUUUGCUUCUCCCAACGAAGCUUUCUGGUAACAAUGAUGGAAAGAAGGGUGCAAAAGCUGAUGAAUCUUCCCCCAGCUUGAUGAAUCUAUUGAUGGGAGUUAAGGUUUUGCAGCAAGCAAUUAUAGAUCUACUUCUGGACAUCAUGGUUGAAUGCUGUCAACCUUCAGAAGGAAGUUGCAAUGAUGAUUCAUCUGAUGUGAACUCAAAGCCUUCUGUUGAUGGCAGUGGUGCUGCCAGUCCAUUGGAAUCUGAUAGGGAAAGUGGAGCAACAGAAUCUGCUCAAUUUCCUGUAUAUGAGAGACUGGAUUCUAGUGUAGAUGAUACUACUAGUGCUUCUGCUGUACAAAGCUCUGAUGCGAAUGGCAUUGAUGUGCAUGGAAAAGCUCUUCCUGGACAGCCUACUUAUCCACCAAUAACGGUGGCUGGCGGUUCAUUGGAAAAUGCUUCUCUUCGCUCUAAGACCAAGUGGCCAGAACAAUCUGAGGAGCUGUUAGGAUUGAUUGUAAACUCACUGAGAGCCCUUGAUGGAGCAGUUCCACAAGGUUGUCCUGAGCCCAGACGAAGGCCUCAGUCCGCUCAAAAGAUUGCUCUUGUAUUGGAUAAAGCUCCGAAACAUCUGCAGCCAGACCUAGUAGCUUUAGUUCCCAAGUUGGUUGAGCAUUCAGAGCAUCCUCUUGCAGCUUGUGCUCUUCUCGAAAGACUCCAAAAGCCUGAUGCAGAGCCUGCAUUGCGGAUGCCUGUUUUUGGUGCUCUUAGUCAACUUGAAUGUGGCAGUGAUGUUUGGGAGCGUCUUUUAUAUCAAUCUUUUGAGCUUUUGGCUGACUCAAAUGAUGAACCUCUUGCUGCGACCAUAGACUUCAUAUUUAAAGCUGCAUCCCAGUGCCAACACCUUCCUGAAGCAGUCAGGUCUGUUCGAGUUAGGCUAAAACACUUGGGUGCUGAGGUCUCACCUUGUGUCAUGGAUUUUUUGAGUAAAACUGUAAAUAGCUGGGGUGAUGUUGCUGAAACUAUACUUAGAGAUAUUGAAUGUGAUGAUGACUUUGGGGAUGACAGUUCAGCAGUCCCUUGUGGUCUUUUCCUGUUUGGUGAAAAUGGGCCAACUCCUGAAAGGUUGCAUGUGGUGAAUGAGCAGGCUUUCCAUGCUGCAUGUCAUUUUUCUGAUAUUUAUAUUUUGAUUGAGAUGUUAUCUAUACCUUGUCUUGCUGUUGAAGCUUCUCAAACAUUUGAGAGAGCUGUAGCUCGAGGGGUAAUUGUGGCUCAAUCUGUAGCCAUGGUCUUGGAAAGGCGUCUCGCUCAGAGAUUGAAUUUCAAUGCCAGAUACGUUGCUGAGAAUUUUCAGCAUGGAGACGGUGUGAUAGAAGGGGAAGCCAGUGAACAGCUGAGAAUCCCAAGGGAUGAUUUUAAUGUUGUUCUUGGUCUUGCUGAGACGUUGGCCCUUUCAAGGGACCCGUGUGUGAAAGGGUUUGUGAAAAUGCUGUACACAAUAUUGUUCAAAUGGUAUGCUGAUGAAUCCUACAGAGGGAGGAUGGUAAAGAGACUGGUUGAUCAUGCCACCAGUGCUACUGAUAAUAGUCGUGAUGUGGAUUUGGACUUGGAUAUAUUAGUUAUUCUAGUCUGUGAGGAGCAAGAAAUUGUUAAACCUGUUUUGAGCAUGAUGCGGGAGGUUGCUGAACUUGCAAAUGUUGAUAGGGCAGCUCUUUGGCACCAGUUAUGUGCUAAUGAGGAUGAAAUUAUUCACAUGCGUGAAGAGAGGAAGGCAGAAAUUUCUAGUAUGGUUCGGGAAAAAGCUGUUCUAUCACAAAAAUUGGCUGAAUCAGAGGCCACUAACAAUCGACUCAAGUCUGAAAUGAGGGCUGAGAUGGAUCGCUCAGUUCGGGAAAAGAAGGAGCUUGCUGAACAAAUGCAAGAAGUUGAAAGUCAGCUUGAGUGGCUACGCUCAGAGCGGGAUGAUGAAAUUGCCAAGCUUACUGCCGAAAAGAAAGUUCUUCAGGAUCGUCUGCAUGACGCAGAAACACAGCUCUCUCAGUUGAAGUCUCGGAAACGGGAUGAAUUGAAGAGAGUGGUAAAGGAGAAAAAUGCUCUUGCUGAAAGGCUGAAGGGUGCUGAGGCUGCACGUAGAAGAUUUGAUGAAGAACUGAAACGAUAUGCAACAGAGAAUGUGACUCGGGACGAAAUCCGACAGUCGUUGGAGGAUGAAGUUCGGAGGUUGACUCAAACAGUUGGGCAAACUGAAGGAGAAAAGAGGGAAAAGGAAGAACAGGUUGCUAGAUGUGAAGCAUAUAUUGACGGGAUGGAAUCAAAAUUGCAAACAUGCCAGCAAUAUAUUCACACCCUGGAGACUUCACUUCAAGAAGAAAUGUCGCGGCAUGCUCCUCUUUAUGGUGCUGGGUUGGAAGCUCUAUCGAUGAAAGAGUUGGAGACGAUAUCACGUAUUCAUGAGGAAGGGCUCAGGCAGAUCCAUGCUCUCCAACAACGCAAAGGGAGUCCAGUUGCCAGUCCUCUUGUGAGUCCCCACACCCUACCACACAGUCAUGGUUUGUACCCUGCUGCUCCACCUCCAAUGGCAGUUGGAUUACCUCCUUCACUUAUCCCUAAUGGUGUUGGAAUCCACAGUAAUGGCCAUGUAAAUGGUGCAGUCGGGCCCUGGUUCAACCACACAUAAAUUUUAGAGUUGUAAGGUUGGAAAGAGGAGAGCGUGGGGGUGCAUAUGCUCAUCUCAAUGUGAUGGGAUGUUCUUUUUUCUUGAGCUAUUUCUUGGCAUUUUGACUGGUGGGACUGUUGGAACACUUGAAAGAAAAGAAUAAUACAUAUAUUAUCAAGUGAGAGAGGGGAGGGGAGGGGAAGUGCUUUAGAAAUUGAAAGUGAGAAGUGAGAAGUGAGUCCGAUAGAACUAACAGUUGCAAAUGCCAUACUUUAAUUUGCUUCUCUUUGAUAAAAGUUCAAUUAUAGGCCUCUUAAAAAGUUGUGUUUGAUCAAGGGUUUCACUUUAAAGCCUUUGGUCGUUCCUUUGCCUUCUAAAAGUAAUUUAAUCGAAUCAUCCAAGCCCACUUUUGUUUC